AUAUCAGGGAGUACCCGAGUGAAUCCAGCCCACAGCUUCAUUAUUUCCGUUACAUGACCAUAGAUAAGAAUUCACAUAGUUUAUUUGUUGGGGCAAUGAAUAAAGUAAUUAGAUUAAACCUAUCGGACAUUAACAGUGGUCAUGUGGAAACUUCAUUGAAUGCCAGUACCAAGUCUGCUAAGCGAUGUGUGUGGCAAGCAAAGAAGAAGAUGCCAGAUUGUCAAAAUCACAUUCGGUUAAUAGCGCGGAAUGGAACUACUCUGUUGGUAUGUGGUACUGGUGCUUACCAACCAACGACUUAUCAUUUAGAUAUUGAUACCUUGGAACUAAAAAGUAGUGAACCUAGCCCAGGGUUGUGUGCCUUUGAUCCCUUCGAUAAUUCAACAGCCAUUUUAGUCCACAGUAAAACUUCUGAAGAAGAUUUAGUAUCAAUUUAUUCAGGAACAUUUGCAGAUUUUUCAAAGGCAAGACCCCAAAUUUAUCGACCAAGUGUGUAUACUAAAGAUGGAAAAUUAGCAUAUGAUUAUUUGAAAACAGCUCCCUCUAGCUCUAAGUGGUUGAAUGAACCACAGUUUGUAGCUUCAUUCAAUACAAAAGACCAAGUUCUGUUUUUCUUGAGAGAGUUGGCUGUAGAAUAUGGCAACUGUGGGAAGAAAAUAUAUUCACGAGUUGCACGGGUUUGUAAGAAUGACCGAGGUGGGGAACGCCUUCUCAUUAAUGAAUGGUCAACAUAUUUAAAAGCGAGGAUAAACUGUUCUUUACCAGGGCAGUACCCAUAUUACUUUGAUGAAAUACAGGAUGUUUACACACAAGACAAUAAGAUAUUCUAUGGCUUAUUUACAACAAACAGAAAUGGUAUCACAGCCUCUGCAAUUUGUGCAUACCACUGGACUGACAUACAGAAAGUCUUUGAUGGCCCCUUUAAGGAUCAGAACACGGACACAUCUUACUGGUUACCAGUUGCCAAUAACCAAGUCCCUGCUAUUCGACCAGGAAAUUGCUCAAUCAACGACUCUCGUUCACUGCCUGACAAUGUUUUAACAUUCAUCAAAGACAAACCAUUGAUGCACAUGCUGUUGCAGCACAUGUACUCAACACCAAUAUUUCACAAGGCUGACGUCAUGCUCCAGAAACUGACCAUGGCGUUUAAUGUCUCUGGACGCAACGACGUGGUUUUCUUUGCAGCCAGUAAUCAAGGCAAAGUUUACAAAAUCUUCCAACGACCAAUGGAAAAUGCACGUGACAAACCUUACGCAGUAGUAUCUGCCGUGUAUUCACCAUUUUCAGAAACCCAGCCAAUAUGGAACAUGGUAAUGCAUAAAGACUAUUUGUAUUUGAGUACAGAUUCCAAAGUAUUACAGGUGAAUGUGGAGACAUGUGAACAAUACAAGAAAGCAGAUGCUUGUAUUAAUGACCCCUACUGUGGAUGGGCUAGAAAUGACAAAUGUAUGCCUUACAAUCAAGGUUCCUCUCAUCACAGAUUGAGGACAUUCAAAGAUGUUCCAGCAAAUAUGCCCUUUAAAGAAGCUAUGGCCCAUGUUAUAGAAGAGCCAUUAUAUGAAUCUCGUACAGUAAAUGUAUCUGUUGGGACAUCAUUCCGACUAAGAUUAAGCUACAAAAUCUGUGUUGAAGGCCCAGUAAAGUGGAAAAAAAACGAGACACUACUUUGUCCUGGUAAUGAGUACUUAAUGGCACAAGAUAACUCACUAAUUCUACAAAACAUUCACAUUGGUCACCAAGGCCACUACCAGGCGGAAGACCGACACAAUGCAGUAGUUUCACAAUACACUGUUAACAUACGCAAAGGCAAGGAAGAUAUUGAGAAAGAUUGGAUGCUGAAGUUCCAAGAAUGGUGCGACUUAUUUGAGGAUUACAAAAGAGAACGUGACAAAUGGACAAACAACUGCCACACGGGCAAUGCUGAUAUUAACAGUAACACCAUCAAUGCCAUCCCGCAGAACAGAAACUGAAUUCCUUAAAAAAAAAUAAUUAAAAAAAUUAACAAAAAUUUUAAAUUUAAAAAAAAAAAAUGUAAUUUUAAAAAAAGAAUCAAAAGAAAUAAAGAAGAUAUAUACAUAUAUAUA